AUAUGGCCUCUAGUCUUUUUCAGGCGCUUACGAUGCGCAGAGAGCUCGUCCUCUGCUCGGCGCUUCAACGCAACCGUUUGACGUCCAAACUCGGCUCGCGGAACUCUCUGGCCGACGGGGAAAACCGCCCUGACGGUUCUCCGCGCGUGGAUAUAACCUGCAGUCGCGACGGGCGCUGAUGUAGCGGCGCUGUGACGGUUGCGGUGUUCUCCCUCUACCUCCGGUUCCCCCCAGCGCCUCACUGCAUGACCUCAGACAACAAAUCCACGAGGGGACGCAACCCUCUCCUCACCCAGGACCCUCUCCUCUGGACUCUGUAGCCGUCUCAUCAUCCAACUCAUCUCCAGCAGAACAGACAAAUCAUCUUUUCCCACGAAGGCGUUUGAACACCUCCACUUGGAAUCGGUGGAGGUGUUGAAGAGCUCCCCCUUCCUGGUUUUCCUCACAUAUAUAUAUAUAUUUUUCUUUUUCUCGUGGUUGCUGUGAGUCCGGUUCCGCCGGCCGUGUGACUUUUUCAAACCUGGGGCGCGAUUCAUGGGAUGCAACCACCAUGUCGGAUCCCAGUGAGCGCAGGCCGGUCAACACGGACUACGCCGUCUCCCUGCUGGAGCAGCUCAAGUUCUUUUACGAACAGAAAUUACUGACCGACGUCGUGCUGCUGGUGGAGGACGCGGAGUUCCCGUGUCACAAGAUGGUCCUCGCCACGUGUAGCUCCUAUUUCAGGGCGAUGUUCAUGAGCGGCCUCAGCGAGAGCAAGCAGACCCACGUCCACCUGAGGAACGUGGACCCGGCCACCCUGCAGAUCAUCAUCGCCUACGCCUACACCGGCAACCUGGCCAUCAGCGACAGCACCGUGGAGCCACUCUACGAGACCGCCUGCUUCCUGCAGGUGGAGGACGUCUUGCUGCAGUGCCGAGAUUACCUGGUGAAGAAGAUCAACGCCGAGAACUGCGUCCGCAUGCUGAGCAUCGGCGACCUGUUCAGCUGCAGCGAGCUGAAGCAGAGCGCCAAGCGCAUGGUGGAGCACAAGUUCCCCAUGGUGUACCGGCAGGAGUCCUUCCUCCAGCUGUCCCACGAGCUGGUGAUCGACGUCCUGAGCAGCGACAACCUCAACGUGGAGAAGGAGGAGACGGUGCGCGAGGCGGCCAUGCUGUGGCUGGAGUACAACAUGGAGGCGCGCUCGCAGCACCUGUCCUCCGUGCUCAGCCAGAUCCGCAUCGACGCGCUGUCCGAGGUGACGCAGCGCGCCUGGUUCCAGGGCCUGCCGCCCAACGACAAGUCGGUGGUGGUGCAGGGCCUCUACAAGUCCAUGCCCAAGUUCUUCAAGCCGCGGCUGGGCAUGACCAAGGAGGAGACCCUCAUCUUCAUGGAGGCCGUGUCGGAAACGCAGGGCGACGGCUACGUCAUGUCCAGCUCCGUGCCCACCACGGUGGUGUGCUACAGCCCGCAGGCAGAGAAGGUGUACAAGCUCAACAACCCCCCGGGGGACCUGCAGAAGGUGGGGACCCUCGUCACGCCCGACAACGACGUCUUCAUCGCCGGCGGGCAGAUCCCCCUCAAGAACUCCAUCACCAACCACGGCAAGAGCGGAAAGCUCCAGGCGGUCUUCCACUCGGUGGACAGCUUCUUCUGGUUCGACGCCCAGCAGAACGCCUGGGUGCCCAAAACGCCCAUGCUGUGCGCCCGGAUCAAGCCCUCGCUGGUCCACUGCGAGGGCUACAUCUACGCGAUCGGCGGGGACAACGUCGGCGGGGAGCUGAACAAGCGCACGGUGGAGCGCUACGACUGCGAGAAGGACGAGUGGAGCAUGAUGAGCCCGCUGCCCUUCGCCUGGAACUGGAGCACCUCCGUGGUGGCGCACGACUGCAUCUACGUGAUGACCCACGACCUGAUGUACUGCUACUUCCCCCGCGCCGACACCUGGGUGGAGAUGGCAAUGCGCCAGACGAGCCGCUGCUUCGCCUCCGCCGCCGCCUUCGGCGACCUCAUCUUCUACAUCGGCGGCCUCCACGUGGUCAGCAACUCCGGCGUCCGCCUGCCGACGAGCACCAUCGACGGCUCCUCCGUCACCGUGGAGAUCUACGACGUCGGCAAGAACGAGUGGCGCCAGGCCGCCAACAUCCCCGCCAAGCGCUACUCGGACCCGUGCGUGCGGGCGGUGGUGCUGCUCAACUCGCUGUGCAUUUUCAUGCGCGAGACCCACAUGAACGAGCGCGCCAAGUACGCCAUCUACCAGUACGACAUGGAGCUGGACCGCUGGUACCUGCGGCAGCCCGUGUCCGAGCGCGUGCUCUGGGAUCUGGGGAAGGACUUCCGCUGCGCGGUGGGGAAGCUGUACCCCUCCUGCCUGGAGGAGUCCCCCUGGAAACCCCCCACGUACCUCUUCUCCCCCGACGGAGCCGAGGAGUUCGAGGUGGACGGGGAGCUGGUGACCCUCCCCCACGUAUAGCUCUCCACCCCCCCUCCCUCCCUCCCUCCCUCCCUCCCUCGCUGACUGAACUGGGAUGAACAAGGGGGUGGCGGAGCUAAAAUAUGAAAGGGUUCGUGGAGUAUGGGAGGCUUGAAGCCCGAAAAGAAGAAGAAGAAGAGAGCGAAAAAGAUCCCCCUUUUAAAAAAAUAAAUUACAAAAAUACUAGUAAUCUGAAAAGUUUUUUUUUUUCUUAUUUUGUCAGUUGUGACAUCUGUUAGAUAUUAUUACAAGUCUGUCAUACUGUUUCUACAAUGUGAUCUAAACUGAUUUUGUGAUGAUGAUGAUGAUGAUGCACUUAACUGGUAAACCUUCCCGGAACGACAAUGGCAACUGUACCAAAAUCCCCCCCCUUCCUGUCUUUUUGUCCCCUCUUCUCUCACCACUGAUGAUAAAACUAAAACUAAAUGAAUACUGUGUUGAAAAAUCUCUCGUUUUGAGUAUAAAACUCGUGAGAAGUUAUCGGCUCCUUUGUGGCAGGAAGGCAGCGUCAACGUGUCACUCCUGUGUGUGUUUUUUUUUUACCCUAAAAGUUGUAACCUGACGAAGAAAAAUGUCCCAAUAUUAAAACGUUUGAUCUCGUAGCCUUCGGUGGGUAAAGUUUUAAAAGAUGUGGUUCGGUUGUUAUCUGGUGACAAACUCCAUCCGCUGGUUUCCAGGAAGUGAUGAUCACUGUCAAAACUACUGAUUUAAAAAAAAAAAUUGUAUUAUCAAUAAUUAAAACUUUUAAGCUCAAAUGUUGUCACAUGAUAACAAUUUAAACUUAUGACGAAGAUGCUAUUUGAGAAAUAAUAAUUUGGACCUUACGUUUUUUGGCCAGCGCUUCUAAAGAUAAUUGCAUUGAUGAUCACUUUUUCUUUUUUUUUUAAAAUUAAUCUCAGUCCUAUAAAAUAAAAAGGCUCCAGCAUAAUUCGUUAAAUAAAUACAUUUUGCUAAAUUCUCACAUUUAAGGAGCUGGAGCUCAUUUUUUUAAAUGACUAAAUGCAGAAACGGGUAAAUAUAUUAAAAUGUCCAACGUUUCCUGGUUUAAUUUUGCAUCGUUGAAUGUUUUUAGAGAUAAACGAUGAACCGAUAAUGAAAGUUAGUUUCAGCUAGACGAUGAAUCCUUUUUAGUUUUGUUGCUGUCUGGCGAGCAAAAAAAAAAAAAACUUUUCAGAGACAUCUAUUUUUUUUUUUUUUUUACAUUUUCUUUCACGAAGCUAAAAAAAAGUAUUCGAUAGAUUUGAGAACGGGACUUCUUGAGAAAAGGCCCCCCGCAGACAAGAGGAACGGGGGGGGGGCGUGUGGUUCUCUGGGGGGGGUCGGGAGGGUUUUAAAAGAGGGGUGACUGCAGGUCCGGUCACCCAUCCUCCCCCCUCCUCCUCCUCCUCGCCGCUCUCUUGACUCCACUAUAGCGCCCCCUGCAGUCUGUUUGCACGCCGUCUUCCACACAGCGAGCAAGUUUACACUUCACUCAAACCCAUCGUCACGUGUUCAUGAAAAACUUUUUUUUUCCUCUGCAAAACACACAACAACCUCCACUCUGUUAGGUUUCGGGCUCAUGCAUAUUUUUUUUUUUUUUAAUUUCCAAGCUGCUGAAAUAUAUAUAUAUAUAUAUUUCAUAUGUUAAAAAAAAGAAAGAAAAGACAACUGUUUUAUUUAGUGUGGGGGAAAAUAACCAGGUCUAUUUUGUAUUAGUGUCUUUUUUUAAUUUUAUUUAAUAUCAAACAUUACUGUAGUGUGAUUGUGGGUAGAUAUCCAUUUUCCUAUCAGAUUAAAUUUGAGUGAAUAUUGAGGAUUCUUGCUGCUGAUUGGUUGUGAGAGGAGAGGGCUGGCCCACGGCUGUUGCUAUGUCCCUGCAACCACUAGCAGUAGUGGAGGGAGGGGGGAGGGUCUUCCUCCUACCUUUUAAAAAACAUGAGCACAGGUGCUUCAUGACCUUACUAGCAUGUUUGGCUGCAUCAUAUUCCUUUGGCACUGUAUUUUGAAUGAACGUUAAUUUAUUAAAAAACAUACCAAAAACGUUCCUGAAA